AUGGCCCAGGAUACGGCUGCUGCGAAUGGGAAUAAACGAUUGAGAGACGAAACCGACACACUGUCGCCGCCGAAUGCCGACCUCGAGUUGAAGCGUCGCAAAUUCGAGGACGCAGCCCUGCCCGGCGGCCAUGGGCCGGGAAUCGGUCUCGGCUCCAUCGCUGCUGCCAUCUCCGGAGUCUUUGGAUACAACCGGUCGUCGACUCCCGAAAUAACCAGCCAGGAGGCCAUCAAUUCGCGCAGUGAAAACGAUAAGCCUCCGCAACCCGACGCAGCUGCGCCAGCGAUAUCGCAGCCGAAAGCUUCUUCCGUCGCGCCAGCAGCGCCGGUCAACGUGGCCCCGGUCGCUCCAAUGUCGGCCAAGACUGGUAUUCCGGUCGUGCCUCCUCCGCCUCGACUAGAGAUUCAAUUACCCAGCUCGCGCCCUGCGAUCAAGUUAAAGGCGCUCAAGGGGACAAAAUGGGACACUGGCGAGGCCAAUCUGGCCCCGAGGCCGCAAGCGGCCCCGAGUAGGCCUCCACCUCCGAGAAAGACUCCGACGAAGUCAAGGAGUAGAAAGAAGGCUACGUCUACACCUGCGCCUGCGUCUACGCCUGCAAUUGUACCGGCACCUGCACCUGCACCUACACUCGAGCCUGUCGCCAAAGCCGCACCAACUCCCCUCAGAAGCCUCGAGAACAGUGCUGAUGUGCCCCAAGCUUCAACGAACGGCAGCGCGAACGCCAUGAAAAAAACCGCCACAAACGUCACCGCAGACGGCAUCGGUACCGAACCAGUAGCUAACAAAGAGCCAUCACUUCCUACACUUGCCGACUCGCCGACAAAGAAGCGACUAUUAUCCCCCACUGCUUCCGAUGCGCCAAAGAGCAUUCUCACUCCUACUAAGAAGAGAGGCCCUCGGCCUAGCAAAAAUGUCACGUUUGAUGGCAAGGGCUUGUUCGAUCACAUCCCACGAACCGUCAGUGCCAAGAAGCCAGGACGGCCAAAGAAGCUGGAUGAACCUAUAGAUGAUGAAAUUAUUUGCGGCAUCUGCACGAAGCCGCAUUCGAACCCACCCAACGAAAUUAUACUGUGCGACAAUUGCGAUUUUGCAGUACAUCAGGAGUGCUACGGAAUACCAGAAAUUCCCGAAGGUGAUUGGCUGUGCAAGUCUUGUACACAGGAAGAUGUGUCGAAAUCCCUCGAAGCUCAACCGGGGCUAACUCCCGCACCAAUUACCCCGACCGUCGAGGUUCCUGAUAUUCCAAACCUGGAUCGUCAUCUCGGCGCCAUGCAACGCGUGCUGCUAGAUCGUUGCGCUGGCCGACGCCGGAUACGCAUGUUUGGCCAGGAUGAAGCUAGCGACAAGGUUCGGCAGCUUAUCGAACAGACGGUGUUGGCAGGAGAGGGCAACUCUAUGCUGCUGAUUGGGCCUAGGGGAAGCGGCAAGACGACGCUUGUUGAUAAUACCAUUGAAGGUCUAUCGCAAGAAUAUGGACAAGAUUUCCAUGUGGUCCGUCUGAAUGGCUUCAUUCACACCGAUGACAAAAUUGCACUUAGAGAGAUAUGGCGUCAACUAGGUAAACAAAUGAAGGUCGAUGACGAUCUCCUCAAUAGAUCAAACUAUGCGGAUACAAUGGCAUCGUUGCUUGCACUGCUAUCGCAUCCGUCUGAAAUACUGGGUCAAGAUGCCGGCGUCACCUCGCAAGCUGUGGUGUUUGUGAUUGACGAAUUCGACAUGUUUGCCACUCAUCCCCGCCAGACACUUUUGUAUAAUCUAUUUGACAUUGCGCAGUCUCGAAAAGCUCCAAUCGCGGUGCUAGGAUGCACAACGCGUAUGGAUGUCGUUGAGAUGCUGGAGAAGCGUGUCAAGAGUCGCUUCAGUCACAGAUACGUGUAUCUUUCUCUUGCCAAAUCACUGCCGGCUUAUUGGCAAGUUUGUAGGCAAGGACUGAUGCUGGGAGAAGUCGAUGGAGGGAAAGAAGGUCUGCAUGUUAGCCUGGAGGGCUACGCGGACUUUCAGAAAUACUGGAACCAUAAGAUUGAGGAGCUUUAUAAACACCGCCGAUUUCAGGAUCUGCUGCAGUAUCACUACUACACGACGAAAUCACCAUCGGCAUUCUUCUCAGAGUGGAUCCUACCAUUAUCAUAUUUGACGGCCAAGGACUUGACUCUACGUGUGCCUGCAGUCGGGGACUUGACCUCGCUGGCGCCCCCUGACUCUCGGAUGGAGCUGCUGAAUAGCUUGUCAGAGCUGGACCUGAGUCUGCUCAUUGCCGCGGCAAGGCUGGACAUCGUGGUGCAUACCGAUACGGUCAAUUUCGCCAUGGCGUACGAUGAAUAUAGUUCGCUCGUGGGUAAGCAGCGUGUGCAGUCUGCCGCGUCGGGCUUGCUCGCCGUGGGCGGAAAUGUGCGUGUCUGGAGUCGCGGUGUCGCGAGUACGGCUUGGGAGCGUCUGGUUGGAUUGGGCCUACUCGUUCCGUCUGGGAUCGGGGGCGGAAGAACGCUGGGCAGUGGGGGAUUGGAUGGACGUAUGUGGAAGGUGGACGUGUCGCUGGAGGAGAUUCCGGCUGCGGUCAAGCUCAGUGCAGUCAUGGCAAAAUGGUGUCGCGAGAUUUAG